AUGGCCGGCGCUACUGCUAUCAAGCCCAUCACGGGCAUGCUACGACGCAACCUCGUUCUCGACAUUGGCAUCGCGCUUGGUCUCGGUUUCGCCAUGGCCAACGUCUACUGGUACGGCUUCCACAUGCCGCGUACGAACGCCCGUGACAACUACUACGCCAAGCUCGAGCAGCAGAAGGCCGAGGCCCGCAAGGCAUGA